CUGCCCAGCCCUCUUCUCACAUGAUAAAAAGCAUCACUCAAGUCCUGAACAGAUUCCACUCCGAAGUAUACUCCACCAGCAAACAUGGCGUAUGUACCAGCUCCAGGCUACCAAUCUGCCUUCAAUCCUCCAAUACCUUAUACUACAAUGAUUGCUGGAGGGCUACGACCAUGUAUGGGUGUCUUUAUCCAGGCCACGCUUCCCCAUGAUUAUAAAAGGUUUUCUGUUAACUUUACCACGUUGGAAGGUGACGACUCAGACAUUGCCUUCCACGUAAGCGCUCGGUAUGACGGUCGUGACCGCUGUGUCUUUAACUCACGUCAGAGCGGGCAAUGGCAGGAGGAGGAAAUUAAAAAAGACAUGCCAUUUAAGGCAGGAAAGGUCUUCACUAUGAUGUUUGAGAUAACGCGGAACAAUUACCUGCUGGCAGCCAAUGGGGAACGUUUCUAUGAGUAUGGACACCGUAUUCCUUUGGAACAAGUGAGGUGGCUGAGUGUAUCUGGAGAUAUUAUCGUCCAACACCUGGCCAUCAUUGGCGCUGGUACUGGAACGAAGGGAGUAAGUAACAUUGAUGGGCAUUGUACACUCCCAUUCAAAGGGUUCAUCAAUGGAGGAAUGAUACCAAAGCGCUCUGUGGUUGUGAAAGGGAUCGCAACUGGAAAAAACUUUGUUAUAAACCUCAAAGCUGCAUUCAGCAAUGAAAUUGCAUUUCAUCUAAACCCACGUUUUAACAAAGGUACUCUGGUCAGGAACAGCUUUAUCAAUGGCACCUGGGGACAAGAAGAUAAACAGAUUGCCAAAAACCCACUUAAGCAGGGUGACAACUUUGAGAUUUCUAUUCGCGCUACGGAGAAGAAAUUCGAGGUCUUUAUAAAUGGAAGUCACUCUUUUGACUUUGAUUACCGUAUGUUUAACUUAGCACAAGUGGACACCCUGGAAGUGGAUGGAGAAGUAAAAGUUUUUUAUGCCUUCUUCUAAUGAAGUCUUCAGCCAGCCACCUCAUAAAA